CUUAGAGAGGAUGAAGAUGAUCACAGAAAAUUUUGUUUUGCUUGUCAGAAAGAGAGCAGGAUCUUGCAGACAGGCCUUAACGUCUCUGCUGUCAUACCUCUGGGAAGUUUACUCGGCACCUUCUCCUGCAGGCAGGGACAUCCUCACUCUGCUGUCUCUCUGUUUCACACUUGCCUGUGUUACUGGUGGCUUGCUUCACCACUGGCUGUCAAAGAGUCUGAGAUAUGAUUACGAAGCGUCGGUUCAAACUGUCAGUAUCUACAGCGUGAGCAUGUUUCUGGUCUCCUUCCUGUGUCAUCCCCUGCGCUGUGUGCUAACAAUGAUUCUUCCUACAGUCUGCACCAAACAAGGACGGAAACUCCUCAUCACGGCCUCUGUCAUGAUUUUGGUGCUGAAUGUCAUCCCUAAUAUCACAGUAAAUGUGGGAGCAGUGGCACGCAUCCUGAAAUGCACUGCUGAGGGUUUUGCAAAGACUUUAUUAAACUCAUCUGAACCUUUGAACAAAGCCAAGACAGACCUUGUUGAAGAAGCCAUCAAAGUAAAGUGGGAGGACUUGAGCAUUGUUACCAACUUAAGGACUUUGGAUCAUUACACACAUAUUGAUGUGUCAGAUGUCAAAAGCAUGUUUACUAAGAUAAUUGGGAAGAUAGAGGUCAACUUCUCACAUGCCAGGAACCUCCUCAGAGAAUACAAACUGCUGUCAAACCGGAUUCUUGCUGCAGUCUUUGUUGCACUGCUGAUCGCUGAAUCUGCACGCUACUUGAAAUCUUAUCUGACAUCAGUUCAUUUUGAUAAUGGGUACAUCUCCAAAGAGCUCUUGCAAAAAAUGCCAGUUAAUGAAAGGCCAGCUAAAAAUAAAAUCAAUCUUGAAAACUGUAAAGUAAUAAGUCAGGAAUGUUCCUCUUGUUUCCUAUCACUGAUUGUGGUAACUUUAUAUUUCAUUGCAAUAACCCUAAUAGUAGUUUUGGAUCAUGUUGUGUACUAUAUAGUUCAGAUGAUUGUGCCAUGGUUGCUGGAUUUUCCACCUACAUCUGCUGUUAUAAGUGUCAAUUAUAAGGUUCAGUGGUUCCCCCCUGCGUUUUGUAUUAUCCCACAAUCCUGCAUCAAACGGGAGCUGGUAAACUUCCACAGGGAUUACAAGUGGAAUUUCAGCCCUGGGCCAUCUCUCUGUGAUGUGACAACUUCAGCUCCAAACCUGGGAGUCACACUCCUGCUGGGAUGUCUCUGGCUGAUGAGCUACUUUCUGGUUUUCCUCGAGGUUUACGCAAGGCGGAUACGCAGAAAAAUCUCUGCAUCCUUCUUCAGAAAGCAGGAGGAGAAGAGAAUAGCUUACUUGAUGAGGAAAAUGCAUGUGAAGCAAAAUAAAAAACACAGAAAAGGGCACAUUUCUGUUCAUGUGCAAGUUUGAAUGACAUGUAACAGCUAAUGAAUAGACUGCUAUGGCAAUGGGUUGCAUGUUUAGACCAUUUGGAUCAACUUAUCUAGUGGUACUUUCACUUUGUGAUGUAACCAAAGUCGUGUGGAUGUGUAAUUUUGUAUAUUGGUAUGAUCUGUCCUGUUAGCCUUUUAAUUACAAACUCUAAUAGAACAGCUUUGCUUGAUUCACAGUUCAAAAAGUUAUCUUAUACUGGGCUUUGGUGCAGCCCCUCUCUUUAUUUUCUAUCCCUACUCACACCCAUCAAAGCCAACUUUAGUUGUUUUUUUUUUUUAUUUGAGGCUUUUUGCAAACAAAAGGUUCAUGCCCACAGAGCUGUGUAUUUGUGUCGUAUUAAGGCUGUUCAACGACUUCAUACAAGAGUAGAAAUAACAGAGCUGUCUCAAUCCUGACCUUUUGGCUCACAGGGCUCACAAUGUUUCUUGUUUCAUUCGGUGGUCUUUGUUGUUUCUGUUUUGCAAAAUGUAAACUGAAUACAGUGCAUCCUGUGUAUGAGUCACAGUUAUAACACCUUUCCUCUGUAAGUGAGUCAACACUCAACAUACGCCUCUUCAAACCCUGUGGUUCAAAGCGAUGCGCCAACACUUCUGCUGAAUCUGCAUCUUGUUUUGGACAGAGACUCGCCUGGUAACUUCCCCCCCCCCAUGAUAUCAUCACAGAGCAAUGUUUUCCGUGUUCUCUUUUAUUUCUUUUAUUUCUCUGCAAGUUAGCCUUUUUUUUUUGUUGUUGUUUUACCAUCCAGCCCCACUAGAUGCCACCAUGGUGCUUUGGACAGCUGGGGACAAAGACUAAUAAGAAGUGGUAGUUCCUGUCAGGAAAUGAACAGUAACAGGUCGGAUCUUACAGUUUUUGGAACACUGUACUGACCCGAAUACCUUUAAUAGAUUAAAUGAAUCUGUUUCAUCCACAUGUUCAAUGAUUCGUCAGCUUAUUUUAAUCACAGUGCCCCUAUUUCCUUUCUCUUUUGCAUAUCAGUAUGCUCCUGCUUAAAAUCCCCAUGAGGCUGUGAGGGUUUAUUUUAAGACCUCAUCCCAGAAUAUUAAUAGACUUCUUCAUUGUCUAUUUUUACUCCUGACUUUUGGCCACUUCACAAUUGUC